CUGUGCUGUUUGAGAACCCGGUGGGCAGCUGCUCGUCAGAGAUAAAGGUAUCAGACAGCGCUGGGGCGCGUCGAGCAUAUCGACUAGCGAGCGCGCAGUCACCCGUAGCAAAGUGCCAAAGCGGCCGGUGCGGUGGAUUGGUGGUGCACGUAUUCAAGAGUCACCCGAUCCGCUCCCUGCCCCUAUAGGCAGCUCCGUGCACGCACUCCUUGGCAGCGCGCAAGUCGAGAGAGUGUGUACUCUCUUGUCUUGUGAACCUGCUCAGGCUCCUGUGCGUACAGGUCGCUGUGUGCCGGACAACUAGACGCUAUAGGACAACAGCAUCUACUUCCUCUCGCCCAGCCUCAACCUCGGCCCUGAACCAGGCUAGACAUUCACAAUGUCCGGCAACGUCAAGGUCGUUGCGCGUUUCCGCCCUCCCAACAGCCUCGAGUUGCGGGAGGGCGGCGAGAUCAUCGUCGAGUUCCUUCCCGCCGAGACGCAGGGAGGCGAAGAAGCUGUUAAGAUCCCAAGCGCUACCAACGCGGGCGCAGAUGCGGUCAAUGGCUUCACAUUCGAUCGCGUCUUUCCGAUGGACACCAAGCAGCGAGAUGUGUUCGAGUAUGGUAUCAAAGAGACUGUCAAUGACGUUAUCAAUGGAUACAACGGAACGAUUUUUGCAUAUGGCCAGACUGGAUCCGGAAAGACAUUUACAAUGAUGGGCUCGGAUAUCGAUGAUGAACAUAACAAGGGUAUCAUUCCGCGAAUCACGGAGCAAAUCUUUGAGAGCAUCAUGAGCAGCCCCGCCAACCUGGAGUAUCUGGUCAAGGUCAGCUACAUGGAGAUCUACAUGGAGAAGAUUCGUGAUUUGCUGCAGCCACAAAAUGACAACCUACAAAUCCAUGAAGACAAGGCUCGAGGCGUAUACGUCAAAGGAUUGACCGACUUUUACGUCGGCUCGACCUCCGACGUGUAUGAGAUCAUGCGGCAAGGUGGUCUCGCACGCGCCGUCUCUUCGACCAACAUGAACGCCGAGUCAUCGCGCUCCCACUCGAUCUUCCUAAUUUCAAUUCAGCAACGCAACACAGAGACAGGGAGCAUCAAGACAGGUAAUCUAUACCUCGUCGACUUGGCUGGUAGCGAGAAGGUCGGCAAGACCGGCGCGAGCGGCCAGACGCUCGAGGAGGCCAAGAAGAUCAACAAGUCUCUCAGUGCCCUAGGUAUGGUCAUCAACGCGCUGACGGACGGCAAAUCAACGCACAUCCCGUAUCGAGAUUCGCGGCUCACGCGCAUCCUGCAGGAGUCACUCGGUGGUAACUCUCGAACGACGCUGAUCAUCAACUGCUCACCCUGCUCGUACAACCUGGACGAGACCAUUUCAACGCUGCGCUUCGGUGUGCGUGCCAAAUCAAUUAAGAACAAGGCCCGUGUCAAUGCCGAGCUUAGCCCCGCGGAGCUCAAGGCGCUGCUCAAGAAGAUCAAGGCCGAGGCAGAUCGCUACCAGAGCUACAUUCAGGCGCUAGAGUCGGAGCUCAAAAUGUGGCGUAGUGGCAGCAAGGUGCCAGAGGCGGCAUGGGCGGAAUUGGCCAAAGCCAUUCCGUGCGUGGGCAGCGCCUCGCUCGACGUACCGCCCGUCUCAUUGCCUGCCGCGGCUGCACCGGCAGUAGCAGCACCUGUGAGCACAGCGCAGCGAUUAUCGGCCAAUCUCAGCAAUGGCACGCGGCCGCAGAGCCCAGCGGUUGAGGUCCUGACGAAGGAGCUCAGCUCGCGGCCCGAGACGCCGACGGCACUGUCGAUUGACAAGGACGAGCGCGAGGAGUUCCUGCGGCGCGAGAACGAGCUAGCCGACCAGAUCUCCGAGAAGGAGAACGCGCUCAAGGAGGCAGAGCGCGGGCUGCGCGAGACGACGGCGGAGCUGACGCUCCUGCGCGAGAGCCAGGGAUUGCUCGAGAGCGAGAACAAGAGCAUGACCGCGGAGAUGAACGAGAUCAAGCUGCAGCUCGAGCGCGUCACCUACGAGCACAAGGAGGCAAGCAUUACCAUGGACAUUCUCAAGGAGCAGAAUGCGGACAUGGCUAACGAGCUCGAGGAGCUGCGGAAGAGCUUCAAUGAGACGGCCAACAAAGUUGGUAACAGCGGAAGCGGCAGCGUCGCUGGUGCCGCAAGCAAGGAUGCGGCGGCUCAAGAUGGGAAGAAGGAGCGCAAGAAGGCGGAGAAGAUGGCCAAGAUGAUGGCCGAUUUCAACGCCGGGAUCGUCAGCGAAAAGGAGGAGCAGAUCCGCGAUACUCUCGCCAAGCUCGAGGACUACGGCGCUGGUGGCGCUGGCGGCGAGCUGUCCAAGGACGACAUCUCGAUGCUGCGCGAGCAGCUGCUCGAGAGCCAGACGCUUGUGCGCGAGCAGCAGGGGCAGGUGCGGCAGUCACAGGAGGAGGCGGAGAUCCUCAUCCAGCGACGUGACGAGGUGGAAGCGCGCCUGGCGCAGCUCGAAACCGACUACGAGGAGCUGCUCGUCAAAACUAUCCGCGAGGAAGAGUCCCGCAGCGGCGCAGCGGGGCUCAAGGACAGGCUCGAGGCGCAGUACGCCAGCAAGCGUGAGGCGCAGCUCGGCGAGAUCGCCGACCUCAAGCGCCAGGUCGAGCUCAAGGUCAAAGAGGUCGCGACGCUGCAGGCAACCAACGAGAGCUUGCGUGGCGCUAAUGACGAGCUCAAGCGCGCUUUCGUCAUUACUGCUGCCGGCGUCGAGGGCGGCAAGAAUCUGGCGGAGAGUGCGAGGGAAAUGGAACGUGUACGCAAGACCAUGACCAGUCAGCUGGCCGAGUUUGACAACAUGAAGAAGAGCCUCAUGCGCGACUUGCAGAACCGAUGCGAGAAGGUCGUGGAGCUAGAGAUCUCACUGGAUGAAUCGAAAGAGCAGUACAACAACGUUGUGCGCAGCAGCAACACCAAGGCGCAGCAGAAGAAGAUGGCGUUCCUUGAGCGCAACCUGGAGCAGCUGACGCAUGUGCAAAAGCAGCUGGUCGAGCAGAACUCAACGCUGAAGAAGGAGGUCGCAAUCGCGGAGCGCAAGCUGAUCGCGCGCAACGAGCGCAUCCAGGCGCUCGAGCUCAACCUGUCUGACAGUCAGACCAAGCUGGACAUCCAGAACAAGAAGUUCGAGGAGCAGAUCCAAGCGGUCCGUGAGAAGCUCAACCAGGCCAAGGAGAGCAGGGCCAUGCCGGGCAUCGGCGGCAACCCCGCGUUCGGCAGGAUCGCAAAGCCGCUCAGAGGAGGCGGGCCCGCCGCUGCCGCCCCGCCGACGAUUUCGGGGCAAGGACCCGUGGGCGGCGUCGCGCGUGCACCGACUGCUGCAGGCAGCGCCCAGCAAGACGCGAACUCGGCCAAGAGCCGCGCGAACUGGUUCUUCUCGUCCUCCAAGCAGCUCUGAGAAGCAUCGCCGCAGUCGAGAUGUUUCCCUUGCUCAUACCCCUUCCCUUUUGUAUCGUAACGUCCCGUACCUACUAGAAUGUCUUUGCGAG